AUGCCGUUCAUGAAAGGGCUGAUGCCGAUAAGGCGAACAUUCUACUAUCUCGAAAAGGGUGACAUUUUCUUGCGAAGUCAAGUGCGCAUCGUGCUUAUGGCCUAUCAUCCAACCAAGAAGAACAGUGAAGGAGCGAGGGAUUUCGUUUUCUGGCACUGGGCGCAGCUGCAACACAAAAAUCCUUAUGUUCAGCUAGUUAAAUCAAUGAAAGAUUGGCCAGUCCCGUAUGUACGGGCCUUUCUUGACGAUGGCAAAGACGUGGUGAUGGAUAUUGAAAACUAUGACCGACAACAGGUCCAUGACAGAAUACAGAAGGUCAUCGGGAAGAAUGAGAAUAUGCUUGUGCGUGAACACAUGAUGCAGGCGAAAAUUGAUAAUCCUGCAAAUUUCGGCGACACUUAUCCUCGCCAGUGUAUUUGCGAAAUGGCAGGCCAGGUGCCUUGUCCAUCAAUCCUUCCUUUGCCAAAAUAUCUCCGUGGGAAAUGGCGAUGGAACAAAAAUUUACCAUGA